GACAGGUGGUGGAGUCACACCGCUGCACGAGCGCAACACUGUUCUCACAUUUUCAGACGGUAGUUUUUCUACAGUUCGUGCUUCCUUUUUUUAAAAAUCAGUCAUCUUUUCCUAUUGUUUGUCCAGCAGCAGGGACGGCAGCGCUCUAACAGCACAGGAGCGACGCUCAGGUGAGCACUUCUGACCUGAACGCGGCAGCGCACGUGGGGGACCAGGCGCGGAGGCAGAGCUGGUCGCGAGUUCGUGCGUGGCUGAAGAAACACAGGAAGAAGCGUGAAGACGGAUGUGUGACAAUGAGGCACGCUGAGAGCCGGAGCGGGCAGGCCGGGUUUGUGUCACUGACGCUGCGACUUUAACUUGAAAUCUGUAGAAACACAUGAGACGGACGAGCCGCGGCUCUGUUUGGAUUACUGAAGUCUGAGUUUAUCGGCAGCCGGUGGAUUAAAGUGUUUGAGGGGACAACAUGGGGACUCAGGGGACGGGGCGCAAACGGUCCACCAAGAAGGACAGAACGACGGCGGAGGACGAUGCCCUGAAUCUCAUCGCCAGAGAGGCUGAGGCCAGGCUGGCAGCAAAGAGGGCAGCCAGGGCAGAAGCCCGAGAGAUCCGCAUGAAGGAGCUGGAGCGGCAACAGAAAGAGAUCUUUCAGGUGCAGAAGAAAUACUAUGGCUUGAACACCAAACCAGACGACCGGGUGGACAGCAAAUGGGGCGAUAUUGAACAGUGGAUGGAAGACAGUGAGAGGUACUCACGUCCUUCACGGCUUCACAUGCUCUCAGACGACGAUGAGCGGAUGUCAGUGGGAAGCCGAGGCAGCGUCAGGGUGGAGGACAGAGAUUAUCUUGAGAAGGGAUCUCGAGCAGCUUCUGCCUUAACAUCAGCCACCCUCACCUCGUUAGGCGGGACGUCCUCCCGGAGAGGAAGUGGAGAGACGGCUUUAACUGUAGACGCCGAGAGCUCCAUACGAGAAAUCAAGGAGAUUCACGAACUGAAGGAUCAGAUUCAGGAUGUGGAAGCCAAGUACACACAGAACCUAAAAGAAGCCAAGGAUGCAUUAGCAGAAGUGGAGGAGAAGUAUCGUAAGGCCAUGGUGUCCAACGCACAGCUGGACAACGAGAAGAACAACCUGAUGUACCAGGUGGACACGCUCAAAGACUCGCUCAUGGAGCUGGAGGAGCUGCUGAGCGAGUCACGCCGGGAGUACGACGAGAAAGUCAAGGAGUGCGAGCGAGAGAAGUAUGCCCACAGUGUGCUUCAGUUCCAGUUCAAUGAAAUGAAAGAGACGCUAAAACAAAGUGAAGAGCUGCUAAAUGAGAUCCGUCAGCUGCGUGUCAAACAGGAGGGUUUUGUUAGAGAAAUAUCUGAUCUGCAGGAGACAGUGGAGUGGAAGGAUAAAAAAAUUGGGGCCUUAGAGCGACAGAAAGAAUACACAGACGCGAUCCGAACUGAGCGAGAUGAGCUCAGAGAAGAAGUGGUGAAGCUGAAAGAUAUUCUGAAGAAACAUGGAAUAGUGUUGGGACCUGAUCUGAACAUCAAUGGGGAUGUUGGUGUGGCAGAAGCUGACGAGUGCCCCGGCGCAGACCCUGCAUCCCAACCAGCUCAGGACUCUCAGACGCCCCCAGCGGAGGGGAACAGCAUGCUCGGCAACACAGAGGAGACUGAGUUGAGAAGUAGCAGAGAAGAGGGAGAAGUGGAUCCAGAGCAGCAACAAGAAAUGCCUGAGGAAGUCAAAGAGAAUCACACGAGCUCUGAUUUGCUCUGUAAUGCUGCUGAUGAGUCCACACUGGAAACAUCUAACGAAGAACAGCCUCCAGAAAAAGAAGAGACAUGUUUACCCACAGAGGAAACCAACAGCAAGGACUUAAAUGCCGAAAUCUGUGACUCUACAGACAGUACAGAACCCAAAGAAGUAAUUGUUUGCAGCCCUGAACUUCAAGAGAUUGUAAAAAGUCCCGAUGUUGCAGAAACAGAAAUGUCUGAGGAGUUCAAUUUAAAAGACGAGAGUAGUCCAGAUGCAGUCGAGACAGAAACCAAAAGUAUUAUUGUUGAGACUAGUGAUGUCCAUGAUGGCAAACAGGAAGCUGUUGAGGAAAGUAGUUUGACAAAUGCAGAAUUAUGCCCUCAACAAAAACAUGCAGAAGUUGUUCCUAAAGAAAGUUUAAUUGAUGAAUCAAUCGCAGCUGCUUCAAUCACUGAACCUCAGCAAGAGCCUGAAAAUGCAGAAGAGGCAGAGAACGACGAGGCAGAGGAAACGCCGAGUAAAUCUCAGUCUCAGGGUACUCCUGCCUCAGGGAAAAAGAAGAAAAAGAAGAAGAGAGGCAAAAAGAAAGGAGGGGCUCAAGAUGAUAAGACCAAACAGAAGACGGCGGAUGAAAACCGGAAAGACAAACGCAUAGAACCAGCAGAAAAUGAUGUCGGAUCUGCAGCAGAACCUACCUCUGGUUCUGUCACUGCAACCUUCAAGGAAUCAAAGAUGGAUCAAGUCAAGAACGCGCAGGACAAUAAAGAAACUGAGGAAGUUGAUGCAGUGGAACCAAUCAAAUCCAGUGAAGUUCCUCUCAAGGAAACUUUUGAAGAACCAACAAUGGAUCAUGUUUCAAAUGAGCGCGAAGAGGAACAAACUUUGGAAACCAAUACAGUAGAACAAGUAGUAGUGGAACCUACUCAAACUAUUUGUGAAACUCCCAAAGAAGUAACAGUGGAUGAUGUUAUGGAUGAACAGAACCAGGAACAGACUUUAGAAACAAAGAUCACAGAUUCAGGAGAGACAGGGGAACCCACUCCAAGGGUUUCUCAUGUUGAAGCUCUCGAGGAAUCCAGCACAGUUUCCAAAAUGGAUGAUCAAGGCACCAAACAAACUUUAGAAACCAAUAAGAUAGAAGAAACUGAAUUAGUGUCACUUGCUGAAAACCCUUGUCAAGAGGAAACUCUCAACAAAGUAACGGUGGAUGAUGUUACAGAGGAACAACCUUUGGAAACACAGACUGAACAGUCAGUAAAGACAGAGGAACCCACUGAAAGUUCUUCUCAUUUGGAAACCCUUAAGGAAUCUGUAACAGAUUCCAAAGAGUAUGAUCACGAUGAGGAACAAACUUUGGAAGUAGAGACAUUUCAUGACGUGGAAGCUGUGGCUCCUUCUGAAAACACCGAAACUCCCAGUGAAAUAACAGUGGAACCUGUUACAGAUGAACAGAACGAGGGAGAAACUUUGGAAAUGGAGACUAUAGAAUCAGAAGAGGCAGUGAAAAGUGUUUCUCCUGUUGAAACUCUCAAAGAAUCCAGAACAGAUGCUGAAAAAGACAAACAAGACCAUGAACAAACCUUUGAGAGGGAGGAAGUAAAGGAAAUGGAAACUAUACCAAUUCUUGAUGCAGAGGCCAACGUCUGUACAGCCAACCUUCACUCCAACAGUGCAGAGACCACUGAUGGCUUCAACAAAGAGUGUACUUCCAGUGUAGAUGACUCUGAAAGCAUCACUAUUCCAACUGAUGGUGACGUCAUCCGUACUGAUCAAGCAGAAGAUGAAGCUGAGUCUGACAGUAAAUGUGAGAGCACAUCCAACAACUCCGGAAACAGCCCUGAAACAAGCAACAACACUGAAGGAGAAUCACACGUUCCAGGCGAUGGUGAUGUUGCUGCUAAUGAACCUGAGUCUGCUUCUGAGAGUAAAGAUGACACCCCCAUCCUACCACCGUCUACUGAUCACUCCCUCGAUGGUAUCAAAAGUUCAUCAGACAUGGAGCCAUCCAAAGCCAUAAACUUGGGUAGAGAUGACCUUCCCAUCUACAUUUCCAAUGAAGAUCCUAAGGAGUUAGGUGAUGAGGAGCCAAGAGCAGAGAUCGAACAAGAAUGCCUUCCUGCCGGGGCCAUAUCUCCAAGUCAGGAUGUUGAUAAUUCAGACAAUGGAAAUCUGAAAGAACCCAAAGAAUUAGUCAGUCCAGCUGAAAAACAUGACAGCUGUGAUGGUGCCUCAUCAACAGAAAGGCCUGAAGCCUUCAGCACUGAAAAGGGUCUAAGUGAGGCUGUAGUGCAGGAUGAGGAACUAGAGAUCAGUACUGCUGCCGUGUUCGAAACACCACAGACUCCAAAAGAAGCCACUGAGAUUGGUUCUUUAAUUGAUCAGGAAUCAGCUGUCACAGAAAAUCUAGAACAUAAAAAUGAUAAACAUGAUGAAGAAAGUGAGUCCUCUCUUUCAGCUGAGCAACUGCAGAAAUCCAGCGAAGACCAGUGCGAUAAUAAAGAUUCAUCUCAACCCACUGAGGCGGACAGCGAAGGCGAAGAGUACAACGAAGAUGAAGGGCAGUCUUUUGAUUUUGAUGACAUGGAUAUUGAAGCAGCUGUAGAACCGUCUCUUCUUCUAGAACAGGAACACGUUGAGGAGGGAGUUACAGUCAUGCCAGAUGAAAGCAACAAUGGGCCCUGCCAAAAUAAUGCUGAGUCAAAUGAAAACAAGCCAGUUGAACGCAAUGGCGGUAGUAACCAGGCAGAUAAAGACUCAGAUGCCGUGCCUCAAGAAGAGCAAAACUCUGAGGAAGCUACAUCUGAAAAGGUGGAAAAUGUGUGCGAAGAAGAGAAAAACACACCUGAAGCUGGUGAAGGAGACCAGGCAGGCCAAGUUGCAGAGGAAGAAACUAUUUUGGGUGCUGUUGCAGAGAACAUUAACCAGACAGUGUCUUCACCAGCAGAGGAAAGAAUAGAUGGUGACAAGAAUGUGUUGCAGGGUGAAGAUGAACCAAAGAGUGCAGACCAAGUGGGCAGCAAUAAAGGGGCAGCACAGUCCAAGAAAAGUGGAAAGAAAGGCAAAGGAAAGGGCAAAGAGGACUGUAAGAUGUCAUAGUCUAGGAUGUAUUUAAUAUUCUGAAUUUACUGUUCUUUUAUUACCUGUUUAGGAAAUUGUGUAAACCUCAAAGCACUUUGAUUCUUCCCAAAAUAAAUAUUGCUGUAAGUUUGUAUAUUACCUUAAUCUCUUUUCAAUGAGGUUAUUUGACCAAACAAAGAAAAUGUAAUUUGUGGAAAGAUGAGAAUGUAAACUGUUAGUGGACUGCAGGAUUCUACUUUUAGAUCAUGCCGCACUUGAUACGACAGGUACAUUUAUUUAGUUAUUGAUGCACAUUUAUUUUGCUGCUUGUAACAUGUCAUAAAUCACUGAUUAUUUUGCUCUGCAACGGUUCUCCAACACCAUCAUCGCAUCUUCGUAAACUCGGUCAUGUACUCGCUUCGUUCUCAUUAAGACUCCGGCUAACGAGCUGGAACACGUUCUGGCCCUCGUGUCAGCGUGUGAAUGAAAAACUCUCAGAAACCCUGAGUUUGAUUUUAAAUCCAUUUUCAUUUUCAAGAACUCGGCACAUCUCUGUUAAAUGUAUCUCUGCAUUUUGUUGCACUAAGUGGAAGAAAGUUUGAAAUGCUAAUAAACACCCUGCUGUUCCCUGUUGAAAUUUGGCUCUAAAUAAUUUUUUAAUUACAUUUUUAAUUAAAUAUUUGUAUUCUGCACAUUUACACCUUUUAUAGCUUACCGUGUGUUGUCAUGCAGUGUGAGUUCAGUUCAGGAAGCUGCACUGACCCCUCCUCACCACAGUUUGUGCAUGCUAACACCCCCCUCCCAUCCCUCACACACACACCACUCCAUCACCCCCUCAUUGGAUGCCUGCUCUGUUGCAUGCAUCAACCCCAGCCCCCUCCCUAUCAUCUCUGCGGGUCUUCCCACCCCCGGUAUGUUAUCUUAUUUUCCUUUUUAAGAUGGAACAAACUCAUUGCAAUUAUUGGAAACUUGUGUGUGCUGUGAUGCUUUAUUUUUCCAAAACAUGGGCUUUAUU